GGGGGAGAUUGUUGAGGACCUGGUUGUUUCUACUAUUUAGUUUUUCCAUUUUUAUUUUUAUUUUUCAUUUUAUGUUUUCUGGAGGGAAGAGUGGCAGAGAAAAACAUGAGUAGAUUUCCAAUCCCUAGAUCUCUGCAAUUCCCUUUACUGCUGUGCUCGAUCCAUCUGCAAUUCAUUUCAGGGUUGGCGAGCGAUCCAUUGAGUACCAAAAAUGAUAACAAAACUAUGAGUCAUGGUUCUUCAAGUGGCUCUAUAGGACUCAAGGUAGCCAUUGUUUGCCUUGGUUUGGUCGCAGUUGUUGGUUUUUCUGUGCUCUUAUUCAAGAUAUGGCAAAAAAAGAAGAGAGAAGAGCAGCAUGCACGUCUCCUAAAGCUUUUUGAAGAUGAUGAUGAGCUCGAGGUUGAGCUUGGUAUUCGGGAUUGAGUUCCAUUCACAUUCGUGUGUUGACUGUAAUUAAAUGAGGUGCGCCUGAUGGCUUCUAUGAUGUCGUUUUCACUUCUUUUCAAGUAUAGUUCAUUUGAAACCUUACAGUUACCGUGAUUCUGCAUUGAAUGUUUUUCAUAUAAUGGCUUCUAGAUCUUCUACUGUUGUGCUCAUAGGCGAUCUAACCCAAGAGAUUAUUGGUUUUCUUGAGAAAGGACCAUGUCUUGCACUUAGAUUAUCAUAUGGUUUGGAUUUAUGGUUUUA